ACCCGCCAAAAAUGUACUCCAAUACCAACAUAUUUAAUUCUCUCAUAUUAAUUAUCUUUUUGACAAAAAAAAUUUCUCUCUGUAUAAUCUUUUUAUAUAUAUAAUAAUCCCACAAAAUUUAACUGAGUCCAACUGCCCCACUCAGUGUCUCAUUCGUUCUACUUGGACCUUAGUUGGGAUCCCACCAAACAUCAAUGGCUGCUGUUGCUGUUUCUUCUUCACAAACUGAGACAAAGAGUAAGAACAAGGCCAAGGCCAAGGCCAAGCCUACGACAAAGAAAUCUCUUGGUGUCCGUUUCAUCAGAGGCCGACUCUACGAUCCUCAGAAUGGCAAAAGUUGUCACCAGUGCCGGCAAAAGACUUUGGAUUUUGUUGCAUCAUGCAAAAAUAAAAGUGAGAACAAGCAAUGUACCUUCCAUUUCUGUCACAAAUGCCUCUUAAACAGAUACGGAGAAAAGGCAGAAGAAAUGGCUGUGUUGGAUGAUUGGAUGUGUCCGAAAUGUAGGGGCAUAUGCAAUUGCAGUUUCUGCAUGAAGAAGAGAGGCUACCAUCCUACUGGGAGUCUUGUGCAUACUGCAAAGGCCAAAGGGUUUUCUUCGGUUUUAGAAAUGCUGCGUGUUGAGGGCUCUGAAACUUUGGAUUCAGAAAAGAGUUUGAGUCAGGUCAGCAAAGCAAGUGCCUCAUCGAAAAAACGAAAAGCUACCAAUGAGCAUUAUCGACAGGAGUCAGUUAUGGAUUUGACAAGAGAUUGCCGAAAGAGUAAUGGUACUACUGGACAAAGUAAUUCCAAUUUCCAAGCUAAACCUCCAAAAAUGAAUGGCAUUGGAAUAGGAACUAAUGGUAGCAAGCAGAGGAAUUUGAGUAAAGACAGUGGUACUAAAAAUUCAUGCAAUGGCAAUGCGGAUGGUGAUUCACUUACUGAGAAGAGUAGUUCUAAGAGACAUCAGAGUACUGAAGAGGCAUCUGUGCAAAGAGAAAAAACAUGCAGAAGGAAUCAUGAUGGCCAGUUGAGUGAGAUGAAUGGUGACAGUAAGAUUCCAAAGAAAAUGUCCCGACAGUGUGUCAAAAAAGAAGAAAAUAAAACUGAAGGGCCAAACAACAAGAAAAUUGAUAAUGAUUCAGCCAAGCACAAGCCAGUUAAAGAAUUGCACAAGUGUAAGAGGAAUAUUGUGGAAGCCAACAGAAUUGAAAUCCCGCUGCCUCAGGGCAUUGAAUUAAACAGUGUUGCUGCCAUUGACAUACAUGCCGAUGAUGUUGGACAUGCCUUGCAAUUCCUAGAAUUUUGUGAAGCUUUUAGACAGGUUCUCGAUCUAAAGAAAGGACAGCCUGAACAAUUACUCCGGGAAAUAGCAUGCGGACGACGUCAACGCCGAGCACAGGAUUCUCCAAUUGUUCGCUUUCAUAUACAGUUGCUCUCUAUGAUACAAAAGGACCCAGUAAAAGGAUAUCCAUCCUUAAAUCAAACUAUAGCAGGAGAGUCUUGGUUGCAAUCUCUUACCAAAUACAUCUCUGAAACCCAGUACUUGUCGGAAGAAAUGCAGAUGAAUUCUUUUGAUGUGAACAGUGAUGGAUAUGAUAUAUUAGACUCCUCUAAGAAGCUCAGAAUUUUGAAUUUUCUCUGUGACGAAGUUCUUGGCACUGAGGAUUUUAGGAGUUGGAUUGAUGUACAAAACUCAGAAAGAGAGAAGAAAGCAAAGGAAAAUGUUCUUGCUGAAAAAGAAAAAAGAGAAAAGGUGAAAAAUAUUAAGAAAAAGCUUCAGGAUGAGAUGGCUGGAGCUAUUCUCUUGAAAAUGGGUACUCCCCUUUCCAUUGCUGAGCAUGAGGAUCUUGUUUCAAAAAUAAAUUUGGAAGCGGCCCAAAUUCUGGAAGAGACGCUAGAAGCAAGAGAUGUGGUGUUUGACAAGGAGCAGCAAUCAGAUGCUGUUAGAUCUGAGCCUAUAUUCUUGGAUGAACAUGGUCGCAAAUUUUGGAUAUUGAGAUGUUAUUCUGAAAAAAGGGAUAUUCUGCUUCAAGAUGUUCGAAGGGGUGAUCUGAUUUCUGUCCCAGAACGAUGGUAUAGCUAUGAUGUUGAACAGAAGGCAAUUGUUAUGGAAUAUAUUUCAUCUUUAAGGAAGUUAAAAAAAUGACUGGAAAUUGGUCUCAAGAAUAAUACCUUCUACCAUGCCAAACAUGUUUCAAGUCCUUUUUAUGGGAGGGCAAUUCCUUGUACAUAUUUUUGCCAGGAAACUUGUUGCUCACAGUAGUCCCUAUGCCUCUUGAUUGUACAGAUGUGUAGAUAUAAAUCUGAAAAAAGAUCUUUUAGACCCUUUAUGUUAUGCAGCAGAUUAAUUAAGUUUAAUCAAUUAACCAAGUGUGUAUUCAACAU